GAGCAAGAGUAAAGACGGGGAGGAAGAGCCCUAAAUCCCCCUCAGCGAACCCCUCGACUGUGCCCACCCCGGCUGUCGCGAUCUGUGGACUCAGAUUACGCAGCAGCUGAGCACUAAACCAGGAUGUCAAGUCACAGUCCAGUCAGCCACAAUAAUAAUCAUUAUGAUCGUUAGACAGCAACUAGACGAGGUGAGGCCGGCUCUCCAAAUUGCAAUUGCACAAAAAUGUCUUUGACACAAUUGAACACCUGUUGCCAUUCUGCAGUUCUGAGGGUCAAUUUGGAGUCUCAAGCCAACACCUUGUUGAGUGCGAGGAUCGGGGCCGGAAAGGGUGUUGCAGGAAGGUGAACAGGUGACGGGGUUGUGAAGCCCUGCUCGGCUCCGUGCUAUGUAUCCGGUGUAUUAAUACACACACAAGAGCCCGGCUACUUUGGUCGUCGAGAAGAUCCAGUGGUGAGACAGUGUCUGCGGACCACAGAGUAAGGGUUUAGAGGACUUGGAAGCAGACAAUAGUCAUAAAAGCCAGAACCUUUACUAUUCACAUUAGAAUCCAACAAAAGUAGAACUUCAAAACAUUGCACAUUCAAUCCCUGAGACAACACUUGCUAUUAUAAUUAGUGCUGUGAGUAAUCUAAGUCGUGUCACUCUGCAGCGACAAGGACAAGAGACGCAUUUUUGGAAUGUGCCAUGUGAGUUGCACACUAUGUGAUGUACUUCUAAAUAUACAGUUAGUGCAACAGAGAUGAGCUUCCUUAAGGUAACUGGAGAUUACGCAAGGCUCAUUACAUGUCUGGUGCUAACAGAGACACAAGAAAGGUUGCAUCUGUCCAAGAGCUCAACAAUAUUCAUUUCAAGUCGGCCAUGAUGAGCGGGGCGAACUUGUUUUCUCAAACAAAUGUGGGAAAAUUGGAGUAGGCCAACAACUUGAAAGUGGCUUAUGUUAAACAGAUUAUUAGUCCCUUUCCAGCAAAAUAUCAAUACUCAGCAUUCCAAAGGAUCUUGGAGACUUCUGGCAUAAUCUACAGCAAUCUUAUAGCACUGGAUAAGCGCUCAUAAAAACUCCAAAAUGUGUUCCCGAUUUUGGUCUUAGGGCCAGUCACCUUUGACCUUCUAAAUGUUGCUCUAGAUGAAUGGACAUAAAUUCCCACAGAUCUACUCAAACAAGUUGCGAGUUCGCACAGCUGCGGGGGUGACUGGAUAUCAUUUCAACUUUUGCGUACUUACUAUCUGGUGUCCAUAGUAAAUAAUUACACAGAAAGAAAAUCGCAACAACUCUUCUGACUUCUGCUGGAUGUUUUGAAACUUGAGAUGUUUUUCCUCACUCGAGCAAUGCUGUGCCGCCACAGGGUGGUGUAAAACCUUGUUGGGGAAAUCACACAAGUGCCCCUUUCCCGCCUGACUGAACCUCCUCACACAUAUUCCCCCUAGCGCUUUUGAACCCCAUGUUUUAACUUAACAGUGUGGGCGGGACGGCCGACUCCUUCCCAGCGUACGUUUAUUGCUUAUACAGAACGUAAAUCACAGCAGUUUCUUAGUAGAGUCAAACAGCUCGGCUCUUCUUAGUGGGUCACAUGUUUCCCUCCCCGGGAUUCGGUCUCCCCUCGUCCAUGACCGCCUUUUUCACAUGGGAUUGGCCAUUGGUGGCGUGGAAUAAAAGCCGCAUGACCAGCCGGCCCCUCCCAUACAUAUCAUGAAUGCUUUCACUUCUUUCCCGCCCGUCAACUGAGAAAUGCCAUUGUAAAGCCCUCAUUGAGCUAAAUAUCAGCUCACAUUGCCCCAGUCAAGAAAGACACAAAGCCGGGUGAUAAAGAUAAUUUCCUCACAGAAAGAUGAUAUUUGGAAGAGCAUAAGUGAUCACCCCCCCCGUAGACACAAUUUCAUUGACACAUGUGGCUUGAGAUGCACACGGGUUGUCGUGAAUGACAGACAGGAGGUGGGAGAGAGAGAGAGUGAGAAUAGGGAGGGUGUUGGUGGGAGGAGAGACACAAGCUGACCAGGAAUAUAGCACACAUAGUGUAGGAGAUGCACGUGGAGGAAGAAGAAGAAGGAAGAGGAGGGUUACUGGCGGACACGCCGCGUUGGCUCCCUAUUAUCAGCCAACCACUGCUGAUCUGGGAGUGAUCUCUGGACCCUCUCUCGCAUUGAGCAACUGCAGAUUGAAGGCUCAUUGAAACACGUGAAUAAAAGCGAAUGAGAGCGCGGAAAAAGAAACUGCAGGCGGGGAUUUGCGGGUCGACAAAACCCGGCGGCGCCACUUGUUCGCUCGGAGAUGGAGGCACAAUGGUAGAGACAACUUUUUGAUUUAAGGCUUUGGAGUGGGCAAUGAAAGGUUUAAGGGUUAGGGUGGUGGGGUGGGCUUUGGAGGCAAAGGGGUCUGGUGAUUGUGGUGACAGGCGGUGCAAGAGACAAGGACUCAUGUGAGACACGGAGGAAUUAAAAGAGAAAAGACAGCGAGGGGGAGCAAAUAAAUUGGACUUCAAUAUGGGUGUGAAGAGCAAGGCUGCCUUGGCUAUCUUGCUCCUGCUGCUCUUCCUCGGCACUCUCUGGCUCCAUGGGGGUUUGGAUUCUCACUGGGAUGCUUGUCUAAAAGGCUACAAUCAAGUGAAUGAGCCACACCAGCUGUCCAACAGCAGCGCCUCCAAAGAGUCCGAGGGCCCCCAAGUACUGGAGGAGUGCCCCGGACAGACCUUCCAGGUGUCCCUGCUACUCACCCACCUGCUGGCGUCGCCGGCCUUCACCUCUGACGUGCUGCUGCAGCCUUAUCUCUCCAGCUGGGAUGAGCUUGUGAAGUUUAUGAAUGCUUUAGGCCCCAUGGUUGGCCUGAUAUCUAAAGAGAUAGAAACCAAAACCUUGAUUAUCCGGGAACUGGCUCUACUAGCCGAGGCUAGCCCCGAAGCAGAGGUGAACCCGGAUUCUGAAAACACAGUGAGCCCGGAGGCCGGAGUGAAGACUUCUGGUGCUUACCACUCAGUGCGAUCCAUGAUCUGGGUGGAGUUGAAACGAGGUUUAGUGGAUUUCAAGCAGCAGACGGACUCUGGAUGCCGGACUCUUCUGCGACUGCACCGAGCUCUGCUUUGGCUCAAGCUGUUUCUCGACAAGCUGGCGGAGAUCCCCGUGGCGGGCCGGCUGAAGAGCCCAUCGGACCUGUGCCGCGAAGCCUACAAGGUCACCCUGGCCAACCACCACACCUGGUUUGUGCGUAGGGCGGCCGAGUUGGCCUUUAUCGCCAUGCCCGAGAGGGGCUUCUUCUUAAGGCUCCUGUGUGUGCAGAAACAGGAGGAACUAAGCGCAGUUCUGGGACGGGUGGUACGGGCCAUCGGAGUGGUCUAUGACAGGACCCAGAAAGCUUUGGAGGACAAUGACAUGCUGGAUUUGCCAUAAAAGAAAGAAAAAAAAAAGACCUGAUCAGAUAGAAGCAUUGUUACCAUAUUGAACAUUGUGGCUUCUUGGGCAUCAAAGGUAGUCAAAAUGUAAAUGAACAUACAGUAUUACAUACAACUCAAGAAAAUGGUUCCAUGUGCCCUUAGACGCUUUUUAAAGAGGAAGUCAAAAAUAUGUUCUAUGCACCACUACAUAUUGUGCUAAGAAUAAGAACAUCAUGACUUACCCUUUAAGGCAGCUAAUGAUGCAACUGACCUUUCAAGUGCCUUAACGUUGCUGUCAUUCCAAUGAUGGCCAGCAGGUGGCCACUGCAGGGUUCAAAAUUCACUCAAAAACAUCACGAAAAGAAUAUUCACGGCCACUGGUUGAGAAUCACUGACUUGAACGAUUAACUCUGCAAACAAUUUACUAAUGAGUUUAAGGUCCACGUUGGCAGCAUGAAGUCUGGGAUAAUACAUAACUUAUUGAUUGGGCAGGGGUGCGACAUUUACAGGACCAAAGAAGCAAUUUCCUCACACUAUUUUUAUGGCAGCUGCGCAUAAAAUGUGGAAACUUGCCUCUUAAUAUCAUUCUUAGUUUUUUAUGCAAAAUGUGAAAACUUGCUUCUUAAUAUCAUUCUUAGUUUUUUAUGUAACCCUAUCUUUUACAUUGUAUUGCCAGCCUUUUCUGGAAGCGUUUGUAAAAUAGAUAAUGAAGAAAAGUGCAAGCAUGGAAAAUUCAACAGUAUACUAUUUAUUGAUUUAAAGCAGAGUUUAAGUAAAUUAACAAAAUAACAUGUGAAUCCAACCUAACUGCCUUGAUUUUUACCAGCAAUUGUAUUUCCUGGACUUAGCGCACUAGCUCAAAAUGUAUCUUGGACGAAUUUACCACUAGGACCUUACAUCUGUGAUUAAAAGCUAUUUUAUACGCUGGACAAAUUUGGUGCUUCACUCGGACUGAACUGUGAGGCAUUAAUGCAUCAGUAUUACAUGAAUUUAUCCUCGAUAAAAAAAUGAAGGUGCCUGUUUGUCUACAUUACUUUUUGUUGAAUAAAAUGAUGAUCACA